CCCUGUGAUACUAAGCCUAGUGAGACAGGGUGCAAUUUGGUUGAUUAAUUUAUGGAAGUAUUAAUGCAGAUCUCUGGUACGACUAUAUGUUUCAUGGCAGUACUACUUUCUAUACCAUUUCGCUAAUCUCAAAGAAAUGUAAGGUUGCAAACGUAAUUUUCAUGCAGUAUUUGUGUUUUUGUAUAUAAUAAAAAAAUAAGGUGUGAACGAGCAAAUAUUAUUAUAUAUUAUGCCAUUGAACGUGGUUCUACGUGGUGCAAGUGAUGUCUAAAAGCAUGUCUCGAUCAUUCUUUAUGUGAAACUUUUGUUAUUGAAAACUCCAUAGUCGAUAAAAAUUGUAAAAUCACAUCGCACCCUUACCGAUAAAACGUCAAAAAUCGAAUCGAAAGAAAAAGGCACAAAUUAUAGAGCUCAAAUUGUAUUGCUUUCGUCAACGUGACUGCACGAGUUAGUAAAACUGCAACGAAAUGUCUGGCCGCGAGGGUGGAAAAAAGAAACCACUGAAGGCACCGAAAAAAGAGAGCAAGGAGUUGGAUGACGACGAGAUUGCUUUCAAACAAAAACAAAAGGAAGCACAAAAAGCGCUUGACCAAGCGAAACAGCGUGCGUCACAAAAGGGUCCAUUGGUGGGAGGAGGAAUCAAGAAAUCGGGAAAGAAAUGAUACUACCGCAGGCAUAUAUGUGAAUCGAUAAUGUUCAUACCUACAUAAAUUUUGCGUCUAACCGAUGCAAAAAAAUAUGUAAAAUUGCCGAGUAAAACCAAACUUUAUUUAAUAAAUUUUUGUAAAUAAAAUAAGAAAAUUUGUGUUAACAUGCUGUGUUUAUACAAUUGUUUAUAUCUCAAACCACA